GAGAGAGUCUCUGCGCUGCGGAGCGCAGGGGGAUCUGCGCCGUGCGGAGCGAGAGAUCCGCGGUCUCGGGGCUUUGCAGAGGGUUCCUGAGGUCGAGCGUGGGAAGAGAGCGGCCCGCAAGGAGUGCUUCAUCGUGCUAGGCUGUUCCCUGCCUGCAACGGGUUUCUCUCCUGUUAGUGAGCGCCCAGAGGAGGGCAGUAAGGGUGACGAGCGGCUGAGCUCCCUGGGUUCGUUCAGUUCGUUCAGCUGACGGGAGGCCUGAUGGUGACUGCAGCUCCUCACAGGGAGCAGAGGGGCAGCGCCGAGCGCUGCUCUGUGUGACAGCGACAGGGCCCGAGGGAACGGCAUGGAACUGCGUCAGAAGAGGGCAGCGGGGGGUUAAGGACAGAUGCUGCACCACGGGGCGGUGGGCAUGGCCCCGAGUUUCUGAAAUUCAAGGAGCGUUCGGACAAUGCUUUCAGACACAAGUUUUGAAUUCUUGUGUGAUCCUAUAUGGAGCUGGGCAUAGGACUCAAUGAUCCUUGUGGGUGUCUUCCAACUCAAGAUAUUCUAUCAUCUUACGUGGCUGGAAGACGAUAAGGCUCUAAAAUAGAAUGGCUCGAGUUGGAAGAAAUUUUAAAGCCCACCCUGGCCUUGAGCACCUCCAGGGAUGGGGCACCAUAGCUUCUCUGCACAGCCUGCUCUAGUCUGAUGCAUCACUGUCCUCUGAAUGAAGAAUUCCUCCUAACAUCUAACCUAAAUCUCCUCUCCUUUAGUUUAAAACAUUCCCCCUUGCCCUAUCACUAGUAGACUGUGUAAAAAGUCCAUUGCUCUCCUGUUUAUAACCUGCCUUCAAGUACUGUGAGGCUACAAUGAGGUCUCCCUGGAGACUUCUCCAAGCUGAAUAAGCCCAAUUUCCUCAACCUUUCUACAUUAGAGAGCUGCUCCAACCCCUUGAUGAUCUUUGUGGUCCUCCUCUGACCUGCUCCAACAGCUCAACAUCCUUCUUGUGCUGGGGGCCUGGACUUUGACACAGUACUCCAGGCAGAGUAGAGGAGGACAAUCCCUUCCCCCUCCCUGCUUGCCACCUCUCUUUUGAUGCAGCCCAGGACACAGUUGGCCUUCUGGGCUGCAAGAACAUGCUGCUGGCUCACAUCCAUCUUUUUAUCCACCAGGGCUCUCAAGUCCACCUCUGCAGGGCUGCUCUCAGUGAAUUCUUUUCCCAGUCUGUACACAUACCUGGGAUUGCCCCAAUGCAAAUCUGGGAUUGCCACGUCUCAGUUUACUUCACAGAAGGCCAGAUUGCUCAAUUUAUUUUCUGUGACAAACUAGGAUGUGAUCGAGAAAUACAUGAUAAUGUGAUGGCUUCCUUCAGAAGUGCAUGAAGGCUGCUUAUGUUUUUGCUACUGAAUCCUGAGUUAUGGAGUGUUACAGUAUAUAAUUGCUAACUUUUAAAAAGAGGGUUCUUAGAACAAGUAAUUCUGUGCAACAUGAUCUUAUAUAGAAAACUAACUAAAAAAAAUAAAUGAGCAAACAAACAAACAAAAAAAGCCAACAAACCUACCAUAAAAAACUGAGUUAAGUUUCAGUGGUCCUAAUAGUGAAACCAGUGUAAGCCAAGAAUUUUCUGUGGUGUAUCCAUGGGCACAGGGAAAUGUCUGUCACAGAACGGUGUUACUUUAUGAAACAGUAGUGAGAAGUAAUUCUUAAAUAAGUAUGUUACUCCCACAGGGGUAAUUUGCUUCAGGAAGCCUAUGUUAUUACCUGCUAUAGUUUCUGGGAGUUGAUUUUUCUCCCUGAAGAGGGGACCUGUGAUGUCUGUGGUACAUCGGCUGACAGCAGGGUGGCUCCUGGACCAUCUGUCUUUCAUCAACCAGUGUGGCUAUGAGAUCUGUGAUUCCUUUGCAUACACUGGUGAUGUCACUGCCAGUACUUCUGUCAGUUCUACUAACGAUCAUCCUACUUCUACAUUUGCUACCACCUCUUCAAGUGAUGGUCCCAGUGAUGCUGUAGAAACAGAAGGUAAAACAGCAAGAACAAGAUAUGUAUUUCGGGAAGAGUUCUUUCACAUUUCCAAGGCCCAUAUAGCUGCAGCUCCUGAGGAACAGCUGUUGCAGGGAAGCCUUGAGUUGAGUUUCGCAGAAAUGAAGGCCAGCAGCAGAGCAGAAGAACACCAAGAAGGAACCAAGUGUGGCGUCAAGGAUUCUGUUGCUGUUGCUAAGAAGAAGCGUAAAAGAAAAUGUGUGUUCAACCAAGGUGAACUGGAUGCUUUAGAAUACCAUACCAAGAUCAGAAAAUUCAUUUGGGAAGGCACUUUGCAUUUAGUCCAAGAGGGACUCAAAAGUGGUUUUCUUCAUCGUGCUGCUGCAGCACCCAGUUGUGGGAAGAAUGUUGUUCCUGGACACGUUGACUGUGGGUUGGCUGAAUUAUGUGAAAUGGCAAAGCAAUUUCCAGCUGUAAAUGAUGGUGAUCAUCAAGCUGUGAAUGUGCUAGAUGAUGAAACCACCACUCCAGAGCACGACCUGCUUUCAUGUGUUACAGAGAACAACUCAAACUGUGCAAAGAUAGUUGUAUUAAUGGGACAGAAGUACUUGGUGCCACCGAAGAGCAGUUUCCUUUUAUCUGAUAUUUCAUGUUUACAACCCCUGCUGAACUACAAGAAAAAGUAUGAUGUAAUUGUGGUCGAUCCGCCAUGGGAGAACAAAUCUGUUAAAAGGAGUAACAGAUACAGCUACUUGUCUUCGUGGCAAAUCAAGCAGAUUCCUGUAUCAGCACUAGCUGCUCCAGAUUGUCUUGUUGUCACAUGGGUGACUAACAGACAGAAGCACUUACGUUUUGUUAAGGAUGAACUUUAUCCACAUUGGUCUGUGAAAACACUUGCUGAGUGGCACUGGGUAAAAAUUACUAGAUACGGAGAAUUUGUAUUGCCUUUGGAUUCUUUCCACAAAAAGCCCUAUGAAGUUCUUAUACUGGGGAGAGUUCAAGGAAACAUAAAGGAAGCCCUAAGCAGGAAAUCUGAAGAUGUUCUUCCAGUUCCAGAACAUAAGUUAAUUGUCAGCAUACCCUGCAGUCUACAUUCACAUAAGCCCCCCCUCACUGCGGUUCUGGCAGAGUUUAUCAAGCCAGAUGUGGAGUGCUUGGAGCUGUUUGCUCGCAACCUGCAGCCUGGCUGGACCAGCUGGGGAAAUGAGGUUCUGAAGUUUCAGCACAUUGAUUAUUUCACUCUUCUGCGGAAUGAAAACUAACUUUGUUCUUGUGGCUUAAUUCUGAAAUUCAUCCUUCUUAGCAAGCUCUGGAGCUUGCUUUUCUUCUGGUUGGUGCACUCAGAAAUGAAACCAACUGCACUUCAGUUGCAAUUCUUGCAGUGACAAUAUCUGUUUGAUAGCAUCUGUAUCUAUACAAGCUGCUCCUCUUCUUUGAAGAUCUUGGAAUAGUUAAAGACUUGUGUUAGCGGGCAAGUACAUCCCUAUUUCUUUUUUUUUUCCUUUUUUUUUUAUAAGAAAAAACUUCAGGAAAAGAAAGAUAUUCUCAUUAAGGCUAUCAUAAAUGUAAGCAUCAUAAGUACUCCAUAACACUUGUAAUGAGUUAUUUUUACAGUGAUCAUGUAUUAUUUUUAAGGACAGGCAAGCAAACUAAUAGGUUCACAUUACAAAUAUUUCCUGAAAGACGAUUGGUCUUUGCAAAACAGUGGAUUUGAAACUGAAAUAAUUAUGAAGACAGUGUUUUCUCCUGCAUAUUUGCAUCUGCCUGUCUACCUUGUAAGUCUGUGAGUUGUAAAUGGGCACAUUCUUCUAAAACAUUCAACAAUUACAUCUUUCUGUGGAUAGUGUUAAUUCUCUGAAUACGCUGUAAAUGAUAAAGUCUCAACCAUCUCACAAUUUCUAGAUACUAAGCUGUUAGAUUUAACUAAACUAACUGAAAUGACUUAACUGAAAUUUUAACAAAAUUUAAGUAUGUUAUAAAUUUUCUUUUCUUACAUUCUUGAAAGAGUAAAAAGUGCAUUACAUUUUUCAGCUUAACUAAAGAUCAUAUUUCCUUAGUAAUAGUAUAUUUUUGUGUCCUUUGCUGCACAUCAACUUGCUUUGAAAAGGAAAAAUUAAAAAAUAGAGCUUCAUUAAGUCUCUUUCCUCAUUUGUGGCUGUACAGGCAGAGCAGCUGGACGAUCUGCUUUUCCUGACAGCAAACUCCUUUGUUCUGUUUAUAAUGGGGAGCAAAAUGCACUACACCCUUCUUUUCGUAUUUUUACGUUCAUUACACUUUUUGUAAUCUUUGCUGUUACGGUUUUAAAUUUAAACUUCAAAUGUCAAUUGAUUUGUUUUUUUUAAUUUU